AUAAUUGACACUGACAAUGUUAUGAGAAUUUGACAAGCAAAAUUAUUUCUCCCUUCUUUGCUGACUUUGACAGCUAAGUGUCAAGGAACGGCUUCAACAUGCCACGCGAAAUCAAGGACAUCAAGGAUUUCCUCCUGAAGGCGAGAAGGAAAGAUGCUAAAUCUGUAAAGAUAAAGAAGAACCCUGAGAAUGUGAAGUUCAAGGUGCGCUGCUCACGCUUCCUGUACACACUUGUCAUCACUGACAAGGAAAAGGCUGAGAAACUUAAGCAGAGCCUGCCACCAGGUCUGCAGGUUAAGGAAGUUAAGUGACAACAUAAUGUAGGAUUAAGUUAAUAAAAACAUAAAAUACCUUCAA